AUGGCGGCGCCCGUGGGGCCGAUUCGCUUCUGGAAGCCGGGAACAGAGGGUCCUGGUGCCAACCUUGCUGAGGAGAGGCAAAGUAAUGCUGAAGUGACCUCGGUUAUCUAUAACCCACAUGCCUCGCUCUCAAUAGAGCAACAAAGACAGAAGCUGCCUGUGUUUAAGCUCAGAAAUCACAUCCUUUACUUGGUGGAGAAUUACCAAACAGUUGUGAUAAUUGGAGAAACAGGAUGUGGCAAAAGUACACAAAUUCCCCAGUACCUUGCGGAAGCUGGGUGGACAGCAGAAGGGAAAGUAGUAGGAGUAACACAACCCCGGCGGGUGGCCGCAGUUUCGGUGGCAGGGCGGGUGGCAGAGGAGAGAGGCGCUUUGCUGGGACAUGAAGUUGGCUACUGCAUACGAUUUGAUGACUGUACUGACCCUCAGGCUACACGUAUUAAGUUUCUGACAGAUGGCAUGCUUGUCCGAGAAAUGAUGUCUGAUCCAUUGCUCACCAGAUACAGCGUGCUGAUGUUAGAUGAAGCCCACGAACGCACCCUCUAUACAGACAUUGCUAUUGGCCUCCUGAAAAAGGUUCAGAAGAAAAGAGGAGAUCUGAGACUGAUUGUGGCCUCAGCAACACUUGAUGCAGAGAAAUUCAAGGCGUUCUUCAAUCAGAAUGACACCAAUGAUCCCAACAGAGACACAUGUGCCAUCCUCACAGUGGAAGGGAGGACAUUCCCUGUGGAUAUUUUCUAUACUCAAAGCCCUGUUCCAGAUUACUUGAAGUCUACAGUACAGACGGUGAUGAAGAUCCAUCAAAGUGACAUAGAUGGAGAUAUUCUUGCUUUUCUAACUGGCCAGGAGGAGGUGGAAAGUGUGGUAUCCAUGCUAGUGGAACAGGCCCGUAUCCUUGCUCGUUCAGGCAUGAAGAAACACCUCCGCGUUCUCCCCAUGUACGCAGGACUUCCUGCCUCUGAACAAAUGAAAGUGUUUGAAAGGGUCUCUACCAAUGUCAGGAAGGUAGUUGUUGCCACUAACAUUGCAGAGACAUCCAUCACUAUAAAUGGAAUCUCCUUCGUUAUAGACUGCGGAUUUGUCAAGUUGAGAGCGUAUGACCCCAAACGAGCGGUAGAAUCUCUGGUCGUGGUUCCAGUGUCACAAGCCUCAGCCAGUCAAAGAGCUGGCAGGAGUGGAAGAAAUCGGUCUGGCCAGUGUUAUAGGCUCUAUACAGAGGAGGAUUUCCAAAAGCUUCCUCCUUCCACCAUCCCAGAAAUGCAGAGAAGUAACCUGUCACCUGUGAUCUUGCAGCUAAAAGCACUCGGCAUAGACAAUGUUUUGCGCUUCCAUUUCUUAUCGCCCCCUCCUGCACAGUCAAUGGUUCAAGCUCUGGAGCUGCUGUAUGCCUUAGGAGGUCUGGAUAAGCAUUGCCGACUAACGGAACCUCUUGGUGUGCGAAUGGCAGAGUUUCCUCUCAAUCCUAUGUUUGCCAAGAUGCUCUUAGAAUCAGGCAAUUUUGGAUGCUCAGCUGAAAUUUUAAGUAUUGCAGCUAUGAUGCAAAUUCAGAAUGUCUUUGUUGUCCCUCCAAACCAGAAAUCACAAGCGAUAAGAGAACACCGGAAGUUUGCUGUAGAAGAGGGAGAUCAUCUAACCAUGCUAAAUGUGUAUGAGGCCUUUAUCAAGUUUAACAAGAGCUCACAGUGGUGUCAGCAGCACUUCCUGAACUACAAGGGGCUUAUGAGAGCAGUCACGGUGCGGGAACAACUGAAGAAAAUGCUCAACAAGUUCAGAGUACCCAAAAAUUCCAGUGAAGGCGAUCCAGAUCCCAUAUUAAGAUGUAUCGUUUCUGGAUUCUUUGCCAAUGCUGCCAAGCUUCAUUCCACAGGUGCCUACAGGACAGUUCGAGAUGGCCAUGAGUUACAUAUACACCCGUCUUCAGUACUAUAUGCAGAGAAGCCUCCAAACUGGGUGCUGUUUAGUGAAGUCAUCCAAACCAACAAGUACUACAUGCGGGAUGUGACAGCUGUUGAAUCUGCAUGGCUGUUAGAGCUGGCGCCACACUUUUACCAGCAGGGAACGCAUCUAUCUCGAUCUUCCAAACGGCCCAAGAUGGACAAUUUAUGA